AUGGAUAUUCCUUUCAGUUCAUUUUCGAUGAUAUUGGUGCUGCUCAUUACAGAGGUCAAGAAACUGAAAGACUUCGAACACUUGUUCGAGGAUUUGGUGUCGACAAUGGAGAUAUUAGUCCCUAUUACCGAAGAGAUCGAUAAGUUGCAAGAAAAAUUGGACCCAUGCAAUAAAAGUCUAGUUUUUCUCCACAAAACGAUCUCAAGAGCUCAAGAAAUGGUUCGCGAGUGUUCACACGUCUGGAAAUACAAUAUAAUUAAGAAAUAUUCGUAUACCAAACAAAUAAAAGCAAUCAAUGACGACUUUGCAAAGUUCUCUGGGCUUUACAUGCCGCUUAUUCAGCUUUUGAACCAGUUAAGGUCUCUUUCACGAACAGGCCAAGAAAAAUGUAGCGUUUCCACUGGAAGACGCUCGUUUGAUGAAGAUGAACAGCGAGUUAUUUUGGCGAGUUUCAAGGAUAAAGGCAAAGGAAAGCAACUUCAGCAUCAGGAGGAUGAACAACUUGCUUCAGCUCUUCAGGAGAGUCUAAACAUGGAAGAUGAACAAGUGGACAAAAGGAGAGUGGAAGAGUUACAAAAGGAUGAGCAGAUAGCAAAUGCUUUAUUAUACGAUGAAAGUGAAAGGAUAACUAAUGGUUCAUCCUCAUCUAUUAGAGCUCCGUUUGAUGAAGAGGACAUACAGAGGAUGAUAUGGGAGAGUUUCAGAAAAUAA